AUGAUUGACUAAACAGUUAAAUGCUUUUCUCCUUAACCAUAGAGUCCAUUCCCAUAAAUUAUUGGAGGAAAUAUAGAUAAUACUGAAUUUUCAUGUAUUUAAUACAACUCUUAAACGAAAAGAAUUCUUGCAACCGGAGCAUCUUCUUCGACAGAUAUAGUUACCUCAAUUUCAACUCCUAUCAUCACAUAUCUUGAUGAGAACACAGGAAGAUUGAUUUGGUAGAAAUAGUACACUUAUAAUCCAGGAUUAUCGCAGGUUACUCCAUUUACCUUUUCAAAAUGCAGUAUCUAAAAAGGUUAAUAGAAUUAUGCCUUGGCAAUGUCAUAGAACCCUUAAUUUGGAAUAUUUGUUAUUGAUUUAAGUAAUGGAGAUCUGGUGAAAGCAUUUUACGAAUUUAGUUCUACCUCACUCUCAAUUAAGAACUCAAGAUAUGCUAUCGGCAUAAUUAUGACUUAAUCUAACAUAAUUUAUGUAUUUAGUGGGGAAUCAGACAAAGUAAUGGUCAGUGCCUUAUAAUUUGAUUAGACAAAAAAUUAGAUAAGUCCAGUAUAUUAUAGAACUUAUGGAACCUCAACUAAUAAGUUCUAUGGAUAUGAUAUCUCUCUCACUGCAGCACUAGACUAUGUUUACAUAGCAGGCAGUGUAAAAUAGCUAUUGGCAAUGACUAAAAUUUCACUUUCAACAGGGACAUCUGCAUAUACUUAUAUGAUAGACAACAUUUCUGGAAACUCUGCCUUAAAAGCAUUAACAAAAAUAGAGAUCUAUGAAUACCUACUCUAAAUAUUUUAAAUAACUUGCGCUGAGAAUUUAGGUCCUGAUGGCAAUGAUGUAGCUUUGCUCGAUUUCUCAGAGACUCUUGGAGGCGUUAUUACCCUAGCUAAAACAUGGUUUUUAGACAUGAGUUCAAAAACAAGGUGUCUAUCAGUAAAUUUUAAUAGCAUUACUGUUUGGUUUCUAAUCUAUGUUGAAUAGAAUUCUGCAAUUUAUUAUGGUAAAACUGACACUUUAUUCGCUGGUACAACCCUAACUCUAAAUUAAAUAAAAGUGAGCUCAUCACUUACACAGACAUUGAUUGCAAAAGAUGGUUAUAUAUCUGAAGAUGGAUCUAAAGCUAUUUGGUUGGGAUAAGUGUCAGCCAUUAAUUAAGAUACUUAUAAUAAAAAAAGCGGAUUUUUAAUGAAUUAUCCAUAAAACUCAUGUUUAUCAAGUGCAUUAACUACUAAUAUGCAGUAAUCAGUAAAAACUUAGAGUCUGUUUAUACUGCAAUUUGGAUCUGUUGCUUUCUCAAACCCGAGUUAGGCAGUGUAUUCAUCUAUGUCAGAUAGCAUAGUUUACAAAUAAAUUGAUAGUAUUCAAAGUUAAUCACUGAAAGAUAUUGAUAUCAUCAAGCUCCCAGAUGAAUGUUAAGCAUUAAUGACACCGGGAAGUAUUAUCAAACCGAUUCUAAAUUCUCUAUAAUAUUCUUAUCAAAUUCUUGAGCUUAAUCCUUAGACACUAAAUAUAGACAUACCGGAUUUUAAAUACUCAAUCGAUUGUGAUGAUUUAGUCUGGGCUUAUUAUUCAACUCUGUCUAAUUAAUAAACCUUGCCGACUUUUAUUGAAUUCAAGCAAAUAGAAAGUGGUGGCUCAAGAAUCACUAUUAGUACUAAUGAUAAUACAACUGCUGGAAUUUAUAGCAUAAAGAUUAGAGGUGUUCUGAAUAAUAUAUAUGAGGAAAAUAUAUUAAUAACACUUACAAUGCUAGGUAUUCCAUCUACUAUGAUUGAUAUACCACCUGUUGAAAUCGCUUAGAAUGAAACCAACAAUGUAACUGAAAAUCAAAUUGAAAAUAAUAACUCAGUCAAUUCAAACACAAGCAUUUAAAAUAAUUAGACUAAUUCUUCAGAUAUAAAUGACUAAGAAAACUCAACUCAAAACAGUAAUAUAAGUGAAUCUAAUUUAAACAAUACAUAAACAGAGCAAAUUCAAAACUAGACUUAAUUAGAAAAUAAUUAAACAAAUAAUUUAAAUAGUACUAAUUCUUCUACAAAUGACAAUUAAACUUUGGCUAAUCAAACGACAAAUGAAACUUUUAACUCAAAUUCAACAGAGAAUUCUACAAACAUCUUAAAUGAUACAACUGAAACUAGCAACGAAACAAAUCCUGCUAAUUAAACAGAUAAUCUUGAAAAUACGACUAAUAUCACAGAAAAUAAUUAAACAAAUAUCUCAAAUCCUACAAAUGAGAGUAAUCCAGAAAAUUAGACAAUUAUAUUUGAGAAUAAUAAUACUAACAUUUCUAGUGGAGAUCAGAAUAAUACUAAUUAAUCUGCUUUAUCUUCAAAUAGUAGCUCAAAUAAUUCCUCAAUCAAUGAUACAUAAUCUAAUCAAGUAAACUCUAAUGUUACUUAAGUGAAUAGCACAAAUAAUUAAAAUGAUAACUAAACUAAUUAAAAUCAAACUGAUCCUUCGAAUGAUGCUAUAUAAAAUAUCACUCCCGAUAGUAAUAUAACUUAGAACUCGAGUACAAUCUUAAAUAAUACAAUUGAAUCCUUAGAUAAUUAAACUCAUCCAAAUAAUACUAAUUUAGAUAAUAGUACUUCAAAUUUCAAUUAAACCGGGAAUAAUGAUACCUAGUAAUCUCAAAAUAAUUCGAGGGAUAAUCAUACGAGUAGUUAAAAUGAAACAAUAGAACAGUAAAAUAGCACAUAAAAUUAGAAUGAUACAAUCGUUCAACUAGAGCCAAAUGAAAACUAAACGAACAGCGAUUAGUAUUAAAAUUCCAGCAAUACUGAAAAUAAAAAUACUACUCAGUAAAAUGUCACUUAAAAUCUAACUGAGAAUAAUUAAAAUUCCACAAGCCUAAAUGAAAAUGCAACUAAUGUGAAUUCUAAUUAAAGUAGGACCAACUAAUCUAAUACAACAUAUAUGAAAUAAAAAAAUGCUCCUUAUUUUAAUGAUGAUCUUGCAAAAGAAAUCAUUAUUUACGUCAAAGAAAUUUAAUCCUAUAAACUUCCUUAAAUUGUGAAUCCAGAUAUUAAUAAUAAUGCCGUUGAAUUAAGUUAUAACAUUUAACCUAAUAUUAGUUUACCUACAUUUGUUAAAAUUUAAUCAAGGGGUUUCUAACUUGACCCUAAAAGCGGUGACUAAGGUACAUAUAACUUGGUAAUCAUUUUGAGUAAUCGAAAUAGCGAACCAUUAUUGUAAUCUUAAUACUUGUUAAAGAUUAUUGUAAAACCCUUAGAUAACAAAAGAGAUAUUCAAAAAUUCCUGUAAUCUUUGAAUUAAACAAAAAAUGAGGCAAAAUCAAACAAUACAUCAAUUUAAAUGAUAGAUUCAGAUUUUAAAAUUUAGAUAGACUCAAUAAGUCAAAGAUAAAGAUUAAAGUUAAGCUUUAGCCAACCUUUGUUAGUUCAGUUAACAGAUGAUUAAAUCAAUGAUCUCUUAAUACUUUAGGCUAAUGAUGGAUAAGGAAUUUCAAAACUAAAAGGUUGGAACAUUGUUAGUACAAAUUUGAAUGGAAUUUUAAUACAACUUAAUUUCUACAAUAAUUAUGAGGUUUCAUCAAAUUAAGAUCCAGAUUACAUAAGCAUUAGCCUAAAUAAUACCAAGAGUGUAAUAUCAUCGAAAUCACUCUUAUACAUGGAUAAAACUCUCAAAAUAUCUAUGAAAAUUCCAACCUAAUUUGACAAUGAUGGUAAGAAUAUUAGCUCAAUUAACACAUUUUAGAAUAAAUGA